UUUGGUGAGCUUAUGCAUUGCGUUUUUGUAUUCAAGUUGACUGUCAGCGGGGUAUGGAAAGUUGUAGAUCUUUUGUUCAUUGGAAUGGUGGAUCGUGGUUCUGCAUUGCUGCAUGUUUUAACAAGCCUGUAGGCUGCCUCCGUCUGACUUGCGCCAGAGAGCAGCGUCGGUUGCCCGGGGAACCAAUAGUAUGACAUACAGCAGCGACAUGGUUGUUCGCAGACUUCGCAGAGCACCAUAACGUGCUGUGGAGGUUCGUACUGUUCGUUGCAGCCGUAUGAGCUCCGUAGGAACCUCGCAAAAAGAACAUCGCAUCGAGAGUGAAACACGUGUGUUAUAAAAAUAGCAGUACAUCAUGGUGCGACUUCACAAGAGCAAGUGUUCCAAACAUCAAGGAGAAUCAUGGACUUCGGCAAGUACGCAUCUCGAGAAAAAUAUUAGUCUCUGACAUCGUGUAUUGUGAAGAACAAAUGAAUGACAUCUAUGCCGUCAUUCAAUAAUCUGUAGAAAACAUCAUGGGUCGACGCCAGACAUUCUCCUCUUGGCCGCGGUUCCUGCUCCUGCUGCUGAUGCUGUUCGUUCCACCUCUGCCGCCACCGUCCCCACCACCAACAUUGCUCGAGAUUGAUGCUGCCACUAAGUCUACGGUCUUAGUACAGCCCCGUCGUCGUCACCGGUAUCACUUCUUGUUAAAAUUGAGUGCAAGAAAUAGGGAGCAAGUGAAUCAUCGUUUGAAGAUAAUGUUUUGCUGAAAGUUUACAUUAUUUUAUUUACAGUUUCAGUACUGUGUCCGAAAGCGUUGUUUAGGCGUACGUAUGUUUCCCAGCUACAGGAUAUGCGCAGUAUUCAAUAGUAAAUUCAAAUACUUUCUGAAUCCUACGAGGUAUGAAAAUGAGUGUUAAUUAGUGGCUGUGUGUUCGGGAUUGUUACCCUGUGUUUUGGAAAUUGAGAUGAUUUCCUAAUGUGUAAUUUAUAUUUACACUUGUAACGUGUGGGGGAGUCGUAUAACAUUGACGUUUAUAUGUAAAAUAUAGUGGGAUUUUAGUGAUUUGUGCGGAAACGUCUGAAUAAUAACGUCCCUGGAGUGUUCGGUGCUUAUCAGUUAUCAGUGAUGAAUUCCGUUUCAUUCGCAUGAAGAUUAUUAGAAAAAAUAGCUGCCUCAGGAAAUAAUCAGUGAAUUAUAAUCGUUAUAGAAAUUAAGAGAACGAUUUUAAAGAUAUAGAAAAGUCUAGGUGUAGAAAUCACGUGUGCCCCGUAUCGCAGUUUGAAAUCGAAAUAGAAGAGAGAGACACAUAAAGUUUUCAGAAUGGGCAGGCCUUACUGCCCAUGAAAUAAUGUCUGCCAUGAAAUGAACUCGCCUGAUCACCAUUUUCAAGACGUCGACUCGCCGUCGUCGCCAUCUUUGGCGCCUGGUGCAGUUGCCGUGCCGUCACGUUUGCAGGUCGCUCGCUCUGUGACGCGUUAUGCCUCUUGCAUGGUAGAUCCUCGUCCAGGUCGUGCUGUACAUUACCCUGAUUUGAAUGCCUGUCUCGUUAACGAGGGUCGACCCGAGCCCGUCGAUUGCAAUACAGUUCAUUUCGGUUAUGCGAUUCCUGUAUCUGUUGUUCCGCUUCCGGAAGAACCAGAACUCGCAGAAUUAGUAUUAGAUCCAACUCCUGAUCUAACUCCAGAGGCUGUUUCUUACCUCUUGAGACAUCAUCCACAGCUGAGACAAGAAAACAGCGAUAGUCGAGGGAGUCACGAUUUAAACGGGGGCAACGAGAAUAUCAAAAUGGCAGCGACUGCCAAACACGAACACCUUCGAAGUAGAGAUGGUGGGAAGUUCGUUGCGGAACCGGAAGAAGAUAUAGCCGCAAUCGCAAAACAAAUUUCGGACCACGCGGAAGCCAUUUAUCAGACAUGGAAAUCACGAGGAUUAGCACCAGCAGAAAUUCUGACAUGCCACAGUAACGUAACUGCAGCAGACAAAUUCGGAUCAGCAUUAACACCUCAGACUUCACAAACAUCGCCCCAUCAACCAAAACUAUCGCCAAUGAAGUCUGCUGUGCAAACAAAAUCAUCCCCUGUAAAGACCCCAUCGAAGUCUUAUAGUACCACGACUUCUCAGCAGACUUCUUCCGUUACAGUAGACCUUCUUGCCUCUGCACCGUCGUUGGAUGCAAAUAACCUUGAACAGCUGGUGAAUAACUUUGUGGUCGAGGAUAAAGCGAGACUGGCAGCAGCAAGACAGCAACAGAAAUCAUCGCCCUCUAAACCUCUUCCUUCAUCCAUUCAGUUCGCCCUCCAAAAGUUCGAAAAACAAGCCCCAUCAGACAUACAACCACCCAUAUCGAAAUCGCCACCAUCAUCAUCAUUUGUGAAAUCAACAGGGACACAUCUUGAGAUGAAAUCUCAACCUGUGCAAAAGAAAUCUUCCACUAUUAGCACGUACGCAUCCCAUCUCAACAGGAGUCCUACAGCGUCUGCUCUAUCUUCAGCUUCCCAGCAGAUAACUCCAAGCAUGAAAUCUUCCACUCCUAUACAUCGUCAGAGUUCAGUUCAGAUUAACACAAUUGAAACUACUUUACCGCAAGACCUGCAACAGCCAAAACGAUCAUCAAUCGAAACUAGUUCAGAAAAAAGCAUAGUAUCACCGGCGCCGUCGUCAUCGGGUUUAACCACCUGGCCACUAAAAAAUAAAUCCGUAACAAUCAGUGGUGGUAAUGACAGGCGCAGUACUGGUAUUGCAGUCAACUCGGCUGGCCCUGACGUCUCUAAUAAUAGAAAAGACGAUGCAGUAUCAUCCAGUGGGAAGUACGCGACUUUACCGUCCAAUAAAUCCAACAGUAUCGCGAAGGACGCUGUUGCAUACCUCGAUGAAGUGGCAAGAGAAGAAGAACGCCUUAUUAAUGCUUUAAAAACUGGAAUUAUUAUUGCUGAAGAUCCAACUAAAGUGACAACCACCGGCAAUACAAUUUCUAAUAAGAAGACUAGUGGCCUGCAAAAAAAGUCAUCCACCAAAGAUAGUAAAGUUAGUUCGGCAGUGAAGAAAAUAAAGAAGCAGCAGACGACGGAGACUGUCACACAAAAAAUUUCUGUGACUGUUACAGGGGCUCAGACAAGACAGAGCCCUGAGGUACCAAGCACUAUAACUCAGGUCCCCUCGCCAGCUCUUUCGACAGUUGCAACUCCUCUAACGCAGUCCUUCAUAUCCUCGCCAGUAUCCAAAUUGUCAUCUACUUCGACGGAUUCUGAAGCUCCAAAAUCGCAAACGACCCAACCAUUGCCUGUUCCUAGCAGCAAGGAUGAAUUGGACAAGUCUUCACUUUCCAGUCUUUCAGUUGUAGAUUAUGCCAAAGUUCGUUAUCGUGCCGCCCAGCAGAAUCCUUUGACGCAACAGAGACUUGAAGAUGUGAAACAGUUCGAACAGCAGAGAAGUAUAACAGGAAUUGCAAGUGUCAGUGGCGGUACAUCUGUAGAUAGCAAACAUUUACAUCAUAAUGAAGUGAUCCCUGUGGCUCGAAAUAGGUUCCAAGUUAGUCCGAGAUCAACCGGUACCGAUAGUUCCUCGUCUGUCACAUCUCCAGCAGAGAACUGGCGCCCAGAUUGGCUUUCUGGAAGUCGUGUUGGGGGGGACGAUGAAGCUCCACAAGCAAAACGGAGGUUUGGGUCUCCAGCAACAAAUUUAGCCAGACCAGUUCGUCACCCCCACGUAGAUUCCCAUCCACCACACCAAGAAAAUGCCAUCCAGCAGCGACCACGAAUAACAGGAACCGUAGGUGGAACAAAUCCAGUACGACCGUUCCUUACCAGAGGGUCAGUAGCCGAACGCGUCCUCAUAUUCGAGAAGUGCCCAAGUGAACUACUGCUGGAGAAAAGAAGCAGAGGAGCUCCGGCAAUCACUACCUGGAGAACCGGACAUGACGUUCACACAAAAGCACAGACUUACUCUUCCAAGGAUUCAAGCCUGAGAGCCAAUCAUCUGCCACCCAACACCACACUGCAGAGACAUGUUAAGGCAAACAGAAAUGUACAUAUACCAAGAUUUUAUUAUCCUCAGGGGAAACCCACGAAUGAGCAUUUUGGAGAUGUUAUUCAACAGAAAAUAUCCUCAGUCUUCCAGCAGUUUCCAAACCUGCAAGUGCCUCGUGACAAGUUUGAUGCAGUCACCAAGGCUUGUCAGUGUCCUGUCUACUGGAAGAUUCCAUUAUUCAUUGCAGCUGGAGGAGAGAAGCUUGGUUAUGUUGAAGCAAAUACUUUCAUUGAUUUCUGGAAGAAAAUGUGCUCAUCAUGCCAUGACAAGCCAUCACAAUUUAUCUACAUCAUGACAAGAGGUUCACGAGAUUUCCUGGUUCCUGAGGACUUCAUACCUUUGGUCCAAGAUGUUGUAGACACACAUCCAGGUCUUACAUUUCUCAAAGAAGCCACAGAGUUCCACUCCCGAUAUGUACAUACGGUGAUUGCACGCAUAUACUACUGUGUGAACAGGUCAUGGAGUGGUCGCAUCACAUUACCAGAACUUAGGAGAUCAAACCUCUUGCAUGUUAUACGACUGCUUGAGGAAGAAGAAGAUAUUAACCAAGUGACUGCAUACUUCAGCUAUGAGCAUUUCUAUGUUAUCUACUGCAAGUUCUGGGAGCUUGAUCGUGACCAUGAUCUCUAUAUAGAUAAGCAGGAUCUGACGAGACACAGUGAUCAUGCACUUUCAUCACGCAUGAUAGAUCGCAUCUUCUCAGGAGCAGUGACACGUGGGAAUCGACAGCUGUUACAUGAUGACAAAAUGAGUUACACUGAGUUUGUGUGGUUUCUUCUGUCAGAAGAAGACAAAACACAUCCAACAGCUAUUGAAUACUGGUUCAGAUGCAUGGAUCUGGAUGGUGAUGGUUACCUCUCCAUGUAUGAACUUGAAUAUUUCUAUGAGGAACAGCUUCAGAGGAUGGAAGCCAUUGGUAUUGAGACUUUACCCUUUGAGGACUGUCUCUGUCAGAUGCUGGAUAUGAUCCAUCCUACAGAGGCAGGUAAAAUCUCACUGGGAGAUUUAAAACGCUGUAAAAUGACACCAAUCUUCUUUGAUACAUUUUUCAAUCUGGAAAAAUACCUUGACCAUGAACAGCGUGAUCCAUUUGCCUCACAGCGAGACCAUGAUAGUGAUGGUCAUGAGCUCUCUGAUUGGGACCGCUAUGCAGCUGAAGAAUAUGAGCUUCUAGUAGCUGAGGAAGGGGCCAGUGAUCAUCAAGAUGAAGCCCUCUAUGAUGAUGACAAUGAAGAGGUAGAUGUCCUGUCACCAAAUCUUGACCAGCUUGUGACCAGUCAUGUAAAGCAUAAUGAUGGAUCACCAGUUAAUUUGAUGUGUGGAGGUUCUGGCAGUGUUGGUAAUAGUGGAAAAUGGAAGAAACCUGCCUUCACAGUUACAGACUUCGAUUCUGAUGAUGAUGACUAUGCAGCUGAUAGUGAUGACUGUUCUGUCUGAUUGGUGUAGAACUUCCCAUGCUAGAAGGGCAUUCAUCAUGUCUGUCCCAAUCACCACUAUUAAUGAAGUUUAGUCAUGCUCAAGAGUCUACUUAACACGAUUAGUUCUUUAAAACUAAACAAAUACAACGUAUUGGACAUACUUUCUGCUAAUUGCAUAUCAUUUGUGAAACCAUAAUGCUUGAACUGACAUUUAAACUAUCUGAAGUUUGCAGUAAUUCAAUGCUUUGGCCACAUAACUGGUAUACCCACUGCUAGUUGGCAGAAUGAAGCCAUUAACUGACAUGUGGAAUGUGCUGAUUUUGGUAAUUUCAGUGACAUGUGAAUAUUCACAGUUUUCAAAGUGCACUUGUACUGUUCAAGAAGCCUGAAAGACUUGCAAAUGUGUGUCUGAAUUGGAGACAAUUAUUUUUGCUAUUUAUGAAACAUCAGAAGUUUGAGUGAAGGUGUGAGAUAGUGAUUUAAGUGACUUGUUUAAAUUUAGGAAGAGCUUUCUUUUAUACUUUACAGCUGCUUAUAUCAGAUUUUCUUCCAUUCAACCAAAAAUUGUGUUCACUUCUCAGGAAUACAAUUUAGGCUUUCAUUGGGUUGUUUCCAGUUCUUUAAUGUUGUGGAGCUCCCUACAUUAGAUAUAAAAUCAUGAAAGAACUGUAAAGACUGCAAGAAGUUCUGUAGAAUGUUCAGGAAACUGUUAUUUAAAUCUGAUGUUCUCAAAUUUAAAGCAUGUACAUAUUGGAUAGUAGCAGUGAUAAGCAUGUAGUGAUCAGCCAGAAAAAUUUCACAUUACAAAGAAAUUAACACAAAAUUUUCUUGAGAGCUUAAAUUUCUAUGUAGGCUGUUGAGUUUGGAGUGAAUAACUACCACGACUCAAUUUUAAGUCCUCCGAGCUGUGAUUUUUCUAAAUUAUUAAAGGUUUGAGUAAGCAUUUCUGUUGUCAGUGAGGUAAAAUUAACCAGUUAAGUGGGUAUGAAACCUUAACACAUCAUGUGUUAGUCUGCAUUGUAGUGGGUAUGACAACUGUACACUUCACGCAUGUUUCCAACUGCAUCAUUGUAGAUAUAAUGACAGUCAGCACUGAAAAUUUGUGCAGUGUGCUUCUUAGAUCUUCUGGAUACUUCAGAGUGUGACAGGGAGGUGCUGACUGCUUGAUAGCUGCUCUGGGUUCAAGUUUUUAUAAGUAAACAUUACGGCAGGUCGAAGUAAGAAGAUGCAUGUGAGUGAUGAAGAGGUGUUAUAUGAACUGUUGCAAGAGAAUUAAUAUAGUGAUAUUUCUGAGAGCAAAUAUAGUAGUGACAGUGAAAUAAAUGGGAAAAUGUCAUCAUGUGGUGAACUGAGUGUCAGUUCUGAUGAAAAAGGAAAUGUCAGUAACAACAGUAGCAUGUGGCAUGACAUAUGGGCAAAGUCAGGUGCUCAGCAACCAUGUUUUCCAUUUUACUGGCAUGCUUGGCAUAAAUGUUGAUUUAGAAGAUGCCAGUAACCCCAUGAAAUAUUUGAGUUGUUUUGUACACCAGAGCUUGUGGAAGUAGUAGCCAAGAGCAAAUUUGUGUGCCCAAAACUUUUGGAAAACACACCUAAUCUAAAACUAAGGUGUAGGACCUAUCUCUAGAAGGAGAUGGACAGAAAUUAAAUAAUGAAAUGCUGGCAUUAUUUCUGUCACAAGGACCAGAAAUCAGAUAAUGAGCUGUUUUGCUGGAGAAAAAUUCUGGGAACACCCAUAUUUUUGGACUUGUUCAGUGAGAGGAGGUACAAUGAAAGUUAAUAAUGAUGCCACUUAUGGUUCCAAAAGAUUGUAUAAACUCAAACCCAUACUGGAUCACCUAAAUGCCAAAUUUAGGAGUGUAUAUACCCAAAAGUGUGAUGUGUCAGUAGAUGAGUCUUUGAUUAUGUGGUAGGAAUGUUUGUCAUGCUAAAUUUGGGAUAAAAUCAUUUGAAUUGUGUGAAGCUGAAGCUGGCUGUAUAUGGAAUUUUACUGCGUACCUUGGGCAAGAUGCCGUUUGCAACGAGUCCCUAAAAUGUGAGCCAUAUAGCUCAAAAGUAAUUGUACACCUAAUGGCUCCUCUACUGAAUCAGGGAUAAUGUGUAAUCAUGGACUACUGGUAUUCAAGCCCAGAUCUGUUCCAUAAGCUGUGCGGCAAACAGAGCAGCACUAUCGGAACCUUGCAUCAACACAGCAAGGGUGUUUCUGCUGUAAUAAAGACCAUAAAACUGAAAAAGGGAGAACAUAUUUCGAUAUAUAAAGACAGACUAAUGAUAAUGAAGUGGGAAACAAAAAAAAAAUUGUCUUAUAAGUACCACUCAUGAUAAAAUGUUUCCAACUAGGGUUCAAGGGCAAGACAUAGAGAAGCUCAGACUAGUCAUUGAUUAUCAUUCCAGGUUGGGAGGUGUGGACCUCAGUGAUUCUUACUUGACAAGCUAUCACAACACAAGGAAAGACUAACAAAUUGCUAUCAAAAGCACUUCCAUCAUUUGAUUGAUAUUUGUUGUUUGAAUUUAUAUUUACCUCAUCAAAAAAAAAAAAAGUGGCAGCAUUUCCAGGAUGGAAUUUCCAGUGGAACUUAUAGAAAAUUUAAUUUAAAAAAAUUGUAUAAAAGAAGAGAGACCAUUAGGCAGACCACCAGAAACUACCCUACCAACAAGAAUGAAUGCUUCUAAUUAUCCCUCCUACAUUGCUGUCACAGCGUGAAAGCAAAAUCUGUGUUGAUGUUGUGUUAUUUGCUAUAAAAAGAGUCAGCAUCAUGAAAUAAGGUACAACUGCAAAAACUGUAGGGUGGCCCUGUGUGCUGCACUGUUUCCAACUUUAUCAAAUAGCGGUUGACUUAUAGAGGCAUGAAAGGGGAUCAAGGUUCAGCAAGUGGCUAAGAAGUAUCUGAAGAUAAGAUUUUAAUGAUCAGAAAGUGUACUAUGGGCUGGUUUUGAAAAAUACACCAUAAUUAUAAAGACCUUCAGAGUAUGAAGUUGCAACAAUGAUUCAGGUAGUGAUUUCAUAGUCUGUAUAAGAUAAUGCUUUUUAAUUUGAUGUUUGGAAGAACACUGUUGCACAAUUCAUUCAUCCACAGAAGGUGUGAACUUGUGAAUGAGGCCCAGAUUCUGCCCACACGACAAUAACAAACAUCUAAUUUAAAUUAGGCAGCCAGAGCUGUGGUAGGUCAUAGUAAAAUGUCACAAUAAUCAAACAUGCAAGCCAUGUGUGUUUAGGCUGGAGGUAGUUUUCUCAGUUUCUAUGAUCAUGUUUAAUUUUUAAACACCAAAUGCCUGUCAGGACUGCAUAUAGUGAAUGUGCAUGAAUCAGACAUACCUUUAUGAGCACGUAUUGAGUGCUGAAUUGCAUGUCAGUGGAAACAGUGGUGCACUUUCUGAGAAUAAAGCAAAACAUAUGGAAUGUUACUAAAAAAUAUAUAUAAACUUUAAUGUAAUGGCCACAUAAAUGAAAAUAUAAAUACAUGACCUUUGAUAAUUGA